CUACAUUUAGUUCAACUCUAAUUUAUAUCUAUUUUAUCUUUCAUGUAACGAAUGACGUCUAAAAGUAACGCGUCCUUGAAAUCCUUAAAGCUUUUGACAAUGUGUUUUUUGCCUACGAUAUAAAGUUAAAGUGUCUUUAGAAAACAUAUGAAGGAUGUUCUAAAUCUAUAACAACGAUUAAAUAAAUAGAAUAUGAAACACACCAAAAUAUAAAUCUUUAACCUAUUCGUACAACAACGGCCUUACAUGGUACGAACGUUCGUCUUCACUAACAUAAUGCUAUUACUUGUGAGGUUUCAAUUAGUCGGUGCUCGAGCAGAGUCGACAAACCGCACAUAUAAACCAAACUCAACGACAAAUACAUUGCUUCAACUAAUUUUAUAAAAAAAAUACUUUCCAGUCUUAGUAUUAAUAUAAUUUUAAAUAGUGAAUAAAAUCAUUUAAUGGUAUACAUAUUUAAAAAAAUAAAGUUAUAUGUUAUUAGAAAUUGUAAGAUGUUUAAUCUAUACCAGCAUUUGAAAGCAAAUGCUGAAAGUAGAGGAGACAGGGAGUCGGAGACAACAGGACAUGAUCGAUUCUACCAGGAACGUUCCAGAUCAAGUUAUAGAAAGAAGAAGAAGAGAGUAGCAUGUCGUCGUGCGCAGUCUGCAGCAGAACUGAAUCCUCAGUCUAUAGCAGCUGCGCAGAAAAGGAAUGCAUUCAAAAUGAGAUCUGUCUCUACAGAUCGAGAUGAGAGUGAAGAAGAGAACUCAGAGCGGACGCCGCUGGUCGCGCAGAAGAUUGACUCACUCGCGAAAUUGCUGUUCAACAAGUCGUUGAUCGGUGGCUCCGGCAAGUCUUCUCCAUCUGAACCUACCUCCUCGCCCAAAACAGUUGAGGCAUCGUUUGAGAGUUCAGUUGCACUGGCGAUAUGUUCGGAAUACCUCUCACAGACUUCAAGAUAUGAAUUAAAAUCCCAGCUAGGAGCAAUCGGGUCUCGUCCGUACAAGCACUGGUUCAUAAUAUACGACAAUUCAACUAAAACAGACAGACUACUUUCUUUGGUGCCGCUGACAAGCAAGUGCCCGUUGGAGGGCAGCGAGCGGUGCCGGCAGCUGACAUGCGAGCUGUUCCGAGCACUUCACCACCCUUACGUGCUGCCAGCGCUUGACAUGCGUCUCGCCAGUGGCCAUGCACUCACAAUUACCCCACUCAACCCUCGUGGGACACUAAAGGAUCUCAUUUACAAGAGUCCAUGGAACGAGGAGUACUGCAAGAAAUACAACCAGUUCGGCGUAGGGCUGCCGGCGUGGCAGGUGGCCACCUUCGGCAGACAGAUACUAGAGGGCCUACUCUUCCUCAAGGAUAAAGGCUUCCCUCCAUUCCGACACUUGCAUACCGGGAAUGUCGUCGUACAGAAUGGAGUCGCACGGAUAUCAGGUCUGGAGAACACUUUGAUUGGUGCUUUGCCUCGCUGUCCUCUGCUGGUGGUGGCCGCACCGGAGCUGGCUGAGGUGUUGUCUCUAGGCCACGUGCUCUUCGAGAUGUGCGCCGGACAAGACACUAACAUGGCGCUGCUAGAUGACCUUGCGCCUUUAUACCCUCAUGCGGUGGAGCUGAUAGACCAGAUCUUCGGCGCUCGCACGCCGGCCUUGCACGAGCUGCUGGUCUGCGAGCUAUUCCGCAAGAUCGACCUGCGCGAAAUGAAGGGCUCCUGUCUCCCGAAUUUCAGUCAGCGCUUGUCUCGGUCGUGCUUGAACCUGCUGAGCGAGGUGGCACGGCGGCAAGCGGGGCAGGGGGCCCGCGCACGGUCUGGUCCAGCCUCACCCCUCACUCCUCCACCUCGCAGGCGCCAUUUUCCGGUGGAGCAAGACUUUACCGAAGUGUGGGAGUGGUAAUUACAUUUUAUUUGAUUAAAAAAAAAU